GAAACGGCGCGGACUGGCAUAGAUAGCUCUGCGGAAGUUGCUGUAGCUAGUUCAGUUUUGUAAACACUGAAAACAUGUGUUUGGGAUGAUCUCUUUGAAAGGCUCCCCAGCGGGAAUAUUCUGUAAAGCUGACUGUGGUGUUUGUUAGUGUCCGCAUCCCUAACCCCCUUCCGUUAUUCUAAUACAUGUCAUGUUUCAUGUUUGCAUUAGAUACUUAUAUGAAUGAAAAAUCGGAAAUUGUACCCUAUGUUGAUGAAGAUGGGAAGUCUUAUUUUGAAACUACUUCAAGUGUGACUCUUAAUGUAUUGUGCACGCUUACAUUGCAGAUCAGAAGUAUUUGUAGUACCUGUUAUGGUAUUAACGGUGCGUAUGAACAAUGAAACCAGAAAAGUGACCCGUGCCUCAUGAAUAUGUCUACCCAAGUGUCAGUAUUAUCGUCUCAAGCUACAAGUGGCUCUUUAAACCAGAAGAAAACCCUCUCAGAGCUGUUGGCUGAUAGAGCCAGGAAGAGGAAGCGUGAAGUGGAGGAUGACCACAGGCUUCAAGAAGCAGUUCUUCAGUUGAUUAGCUCCCAUCAGAACCUAGGGAAUCUACUGACAGAGGUAGAACAACCGUUAUGUAAACAUCUGCCUCCCUUAAGUGAGUCAAGUAGCCCUGAUAAAACAUGGGGUCCCCAGGAUUCUCUUAAAGUCUCAGCCCUGCGUGACCAAGCUUCAAGGCUAGGUGUACCCGUAGGAGUAUUGUCAGCAAAGACUGUGGUAGUGAAGAUCCAAGAACUCCAGCAUGCUGAGUCCAAACAAGUGGCAUUACUGGGCUUGGAGCAAAGAAAGGAGCUGCUUUGCUUAUUGCAGACUGUAAAGGAUCUCCUGUGCCAGAAUGCCUUCAGCCGGUUACAUUUCUCGCUGGAGAUCUGGCAGGCUCAGGUUCCUCCAGUUUUGGAAGUUUUAUUCCUCUUCCAAAAGGAAAAUAUUAUUGGCUUGGAGGAGAUCUUUGAGAGUAACCAUGAUGCUGCUAUGGGAACAGAAUGGUUGUUCCAGAAUUUAUGCCUGUUGUGCUCUGAUCCGCAAACUCAGACUUUAGAAGAUGCAAAACAAAUGCUUUCAGACAUUGUUAUCUUGCUGGUACGGAAUGGAUUUCGUGAAACUUUUGCCAUGGGAGCCAAAGCUGACCUUCAGAAAACCCCUCAGAUUUGUUUCGCUGUCUUGGAUAAAAUGUUGUCAUGGAUGCUGAAUGUAGUAUCUGAAGCCAAAGACCAGGAAGAUUGUCAGAAGGUGAAAGCUGCCGAGUGCUGGAUACAAGUGUUUGAUGCUUCACUGUACCGCAGUACAGUGCCUCCGAACUCAGUGAAACAGUUUUUUAGUCAUACAUUGACAAAAAUCUUCACAUACCCUUCUUCACUGAGAGUUUGUGAUGCUGUUCGCAUGCAAGGAGAGUGGUGUUUUGCUAAAACCUGCCCACUGCUUUCAUUACUGUAUCGCAAGGUUUUAGUUCUGCUUAAUGUAGAAGAUAUGAUUGGUCAUUUGCAACGGAUUCUGGAGGCUGAUGAAGUGAACUGGCAGUUUUUACUGUCCUUUGUAUCUACUCUUUUAGUCUGCCAGGCUCAGGCACAGACCGUCUUUAAAGAUUUGCUGAAUCGCCUCCUGCACAAUGCUUUUGAAGUGUAUGAACUGGAAAAUAUGAUCACUGCCUUUCUUUUGGCACGUCAGGCUGCUCUUGAGGGACCAGCUGUAUUUGUGUCAUACAAAGACUGGUUUAAGGUCUCUUUUGGUAUUGCCACUGGUUAUCAUGGUAGUAGCAAGAAAUCUUUGAUCUUCCUUUUGAAAUUUCUGACAGAACUCGUUCCAUUUGAGCCGCCACAGUAUCUGAAGGUUCACGUGAUGCAUCCACCAUAUGUAGCUGCUAAAUAUCGUCCCAUGCUUCUUGAUUACAUCACCCUGGCAAAAACACAAUUGGCUGAUCUAAAGGUGGCCAUAGAAGACAUGGGAUUGUAUGAAGAUCUGUCUGCAUCACAAGGACCACAGCAGCCCCGGUGUCAGGUGUUACAAGAUGUGGAGAAAGCCAUUACCAUAUUUGAAAACACUGGAAAAGUCCCUACUAGUGUGCUGGAGGCCAGCAUUUUUCGAAGACCAUACUUCACCUCUCGUUUCUUGCCAGCACUGUUGACACCUCGAAUGUUGCCUAGGACACCAGAUUCCGGCAUGAGGCUUAUAGAAGCCUUAAAAAAAGCUGAUAAAAUCCCAGCCUCAGUGUAUACCAGUUAUAUUCAGGCAUGUCAGAAGGAGAAGAAGAAGCUGCUGGAAGCUGGCUCACUAGAAAUGGAGGUUGAUUGCCCUGCUGAACCUGUAGAGCUUUUGAGUGCUGGACUGGAGGAACUGCAGAAGCUAAUCAUAAAACAGAGUAAGGAUGAUGCUGUGCCAUCCUUGAUUUCUGUCAUCUCAGAGAGAUUGAAGGUUGUGAUUUGUGAUGAUGGUGACACUGCACUCCUAGAUUUGCCAUUUGUAGUGAACGUAUCAUCUUCAAACUUAGAGCCAUUGGAACUAAAGAUUGCUGACUUGCUGUUGAAGUCUUUUUGUCAGAAUAUAGUUGUUGCAUCUUACUUCAGCCCUCCUCACAGACAAGGAGAAUGGGCAUCUCUUUUUGUGAAGAUGCUUUGUGGUCAUCAGAAACUUCUGCAGGCGGUUUUAAUCCGGCUUUUGGAUCUCAUCUGCCAUCAGGGUCCUUCUCUGAGUGAUCUCCAUAUAUUGGGACUGGCUGUGUUCAUCAUACACCUGCAGGAAACAAAAGAGCUGAUUCCUCUGUUAAACACUGGUCUUCCUUCAGGUUCAGGCACAGUACUUACUCUUGCUGAAUACCUGGACAGAUUCCUAACUUGUGAGACUGGUGACUCACUACUGUUCUGUAAAAGGUUUUGCACUACAGGACUUGCAUAUGUGUUUUGCAGGUCAUCUCCCUGCAUCUUAGAUAAUGUACGACAGUUAGCUCCCUCUGCCUUUGUCAGAAAGCUACAGUAUGUUUUACCACGUUUGAUCCAAGAAGCCCGAGAUGAACUUUCUGAAUGUGACUUGGAUGACCUAUGGCAAUCUUUAUCUGAAAUCUCCAUUAACUGGAAAGUAGCCUGCCUGGCUUUAUGGAGACAGAAGCUUUUCAGAGAGCUUAUAAAAGAGCAAGAGUUCCAGCUGUCGUUUACUGACUGGGUAACCUAUGAACUGAAUGUGCAACCUCACAGAGAUGUGCUGACUGACAUGGAGAGGCAUGAAUACCAGCGCUGGGCUUGUUACCAAGUAUACCUGCCAUUGCUUUCAGCAACUGAGAGCUACGGAGGAAAUGUGAAACGUGCCUGCAGUGUAAUUGUCCAUUCAUUGCUUGAUUUUUGUCAGAGGUCAGCAGGAAAAUGUUCCAGCCAGUCAGAAUUGACUCCUGUUUUUCGAGGAGGGUAUACUGAUAUUCUCUGCAGAUUACAGGAAAUGAUUCAAGACUCCGAACCUUUUUUAAAGAGGUCUUUACUUCAAGAAUCAAAACCCGAUGCAGGCCACUUUCCUUUUAAUAUUUUUCAGGAAAGAGUGAAAAGUACUGAACAGGUAGAAGGAGAAGGGUCCAUGCUUGGUGUCCAGUUGUCCAGGCUACAGGAGGUACAGAUGUUUACCAGGAUCCUUGUACAGCUUCCUGCAUCUGUCUUGUUUCAGACACGAAGAGAAGGAGCAUCUUGGGUCAUACACUGCAGCACCUUCUUCGAUUUUGUGAACGUGGAGCUGAAAAACAUCAGUUCGUUGACAUGUGCUAUCCCAUAUGAUGUCACUGCACAUUUUCUAAGGGGUUUAAUCAACUGUAGCAUGGAAUAUGAGAAGCCAGCUGAGCAAGUGAAUUCCAUAUUGAUGUCUUGUCAGUGCAAGUGCCCUAUUCUUCUGUCUUCUGCAGUGAAAUGGUGGCCAUUGCUGCAAUCAGUUCUUUGUUCCCAGUGGCAGAUGCAGAGCAGUGAUGCAGUACCAAAAGAAAUGCAGAAACUGAUGGACUGCCAGCAGAUUGCCAAGAGCUUCCAUGUUUCAGAAUAUUUUCCAUCCGAUGACUGCCCGUGGCUGUCUGCUGCUUUCCUUUACUUUUCAUCGCAAAGGCAGAUUAACAGGUUAGAGCAAGGACAUGAAAUGCAGGAACUGGGCAGCAAGUCACAGCAGUUCCUGGUUUGCCUGCUGUUCUUUUACAUGAUGGAUCUCUCUUCCUGCCAACUACAAGCAAAGGAGGCCAAAGUCUUCUCUGAAGUAUUAAUGAAAUGUGUGGAGAUCAUUCAUAUGAUGGAACAAAAGAGAAAGGGCAGUGGCGAGUCCUGGUUCAUUCUGUUUGAAUUAGAAGAAAAACAUCAAACUCCAUAUCAGGUUUUGCACAAAUUGGGCUCCAGUGUGCUUAUCAGAAUGCUGCCUUUUGCUUUCUACAGUGUGCUGCCAAAGCUUGAUAAAAGUUUGUGUGAUGAACUACUUGCAACUCCAAAUUUUUUGAUUGUUGCUCUGAAGGCAUAUGCUUCGUUGGUUCAGCUUUUCUUGGACAGUCAAGAAAUUCUUACAGAAGCUUCACCCAGUGAACCCCAGCAGCCAAAAGUAGCACAAGCAGACACUUUGGAACUGAUAACCCAGGGGCGCAGGUUCCUUCUACAUGCUCUCUCCAAAUGUCCUAAACCAAGAUAUUCAAGCAAGAGUCAGCUACUGGAAGCAUGUGGCGACCUGGAUCCAGAAAUAAGAGCUGCCAUUGUCCAUUGCUUUCAGCCUGAUAAUGAAGACGAUUUGGCCACUGAACCCCAAUUGUUCUGAGCCAGAACACUGUGACCUGUAGUAUUAAACAGUUUUGUAAUGAAGGAAGUUGACAAAAGCCUCUUGGAACUGAAUGUAUCCAUUUUUCAAGUUUGAUGCAAUAAAAUAAGACAAAGAGUUAAGAAAAUGUGCAUCACCGAACCCUAUUUCCAAAGUAUUUUAUAGGUGUUGACUGUUUAAAGAAACUACAAUCUGUAACUGCAGUGCAUUUGAAUUCAAAAGGUCAUCUAGCUAUGCGCAGAGAGCGAUGAAGCCGUAAAUUUGAUCCUGAUGGCUUAGCUUCAGCAAGUAGACUCAGUCCCUGUGGAGUUAGCUGGGGGUAGAAAGAAUUGGUAAUUUUGUCAUUUCACCUGCUUUGGGGUGAGGAACGGUGUUUUCACUAGGGGCUUCAGCUCAUACUGGAACCUGGAGUCUUCAAUCCUGCUGCAAGCUGUGGGGACAUACUCUGGUAGAUCUUUAGCUUCCCUGCACAUUAGGCAUGGAGUAGGUCUUUAUUUAAAAAAAAAAAAAAAAUCGAAACCACUGAAAGACGAUGGUCUGCCUUGGCUUUAGUGUCACCUAGUCUGGCAAAGCAAGUAUAAACAUCCAGUGGGAGAAUGAAUAAUUCAGAAAAGUGUGAUGGGAGCUUGCUGGUCUGGGUGGGGAGACUAAAAAAAAAAAAAUCACUGCUGACCUUCCAGGAAGUAUUUCAGAUUACCACCUUUACAAGUUAGCUUUUUUAUAAUUUUGCAGUAUGUUUAAAUUAUUGUAGUAAAAUUGUUGUACAUAUUGUGUUCAUUGACUCGAAUGAAUUUUUAGCACAAGUUAUAUAAGAAUUAUAAGACAUGCUCCAUACCAAGAUACUUUUCCAACAGAAAUGUUUUAAAUGUAUAGCUCUCUGACACACAGCAGUACUCCUAUAAAAGAUAAAUGCUGAAUUAAAUGUA